AUGCAGCGCACCUGUAGGAUGGAAGCAUCCGCGCCAGCGGUCUCGCUCUUUUGUUUCUUCUGCUCUCUCGUCUCGCGGGCCCUCGCUUCGCGGGGUUCUCCCCUUUGGACCGCGGGGCACAAGCGACAUUCUCUCUCCGUCCUCCGAGGCUUCCCCGAAGAGAAAUUCCAAGAAACUUUUUUCCCCUUCCCCCUCACCCUCCCUUUCGGGUGCCUGCAUCAUUUUUUUUUUUGUCAAAACCGGCACAGACUGAGGUCAUGGCAUUUUGGCCUCGAACCCUUGUUCCCUGUCUGA